AGUGGUGUUUCAGUGCUCAGCUGAGUAAGUCGCCAGCGGAAUUGUGAUAGCUGAAUCUGUGGCGCUGCAUCCCCGCGAUAUUCUCUCCUUAACCAAACUCCAUGCAACGCAAUGGCGCUCGUGGAACUGUUCUUUCUGCUCAGCUUUCUCGGCGCAUUGCUCUUCAGAUGGUCCAAAUCGAGUUUUGGUUACUUUCGGAGCCGGGGCGUGGCUCAUGAGCGCCCCCUGCCGUUGCUCGGCAAUGUGCCGGCAUCGAUGAUGUUCGGACGAGGCUCCUACGUGCGGCACACCAUCGAACUGCAUCAGCGUCUGAAGGCGCACAAGGUUUAUGGCGUCUAUAAUUUGAGGGAUCCGCUCUAUUAUCUGGCCGAUCCGGAGCUGAUACGCCUGGUGGGCAUCAAGCACUUUGACAUCUUCACCAAUCAUCGCCAGGGCAUUGGCGAUGAGCACGACACGGGUGAUAGCUCGGUGUUAUCCAAAUCUCUGCUGUCUCUGCGAGAUCGUCGCUGGAAACAGAUGCGCAACACAUUAACGCCCACAUUCACCGGUGUUAAAAUACGUCUCAUGUUCGACCUGAUCCAGGCAUGCAAUGUGGAGGCAGUGCGCUAUGUGAAGAAGCUUCAGCUUCAGUCAACAACGGAUGGCGCUGGAGUCGAACUGGAGCUCAAAGAGUUCUUUACGCGCUACACCAACGAUGUGAUUGCGACGACCGCCUUUGGCAUAGGGGUGAACAGCUUUGUGGAUGAGCAGAAUGAAUUCUUCAUGCUCGGACAGCGUGUCUCGCAGUUCAGUUUCUGGGGUGGUAUCAAGGUGCUGCUUUACAUAAUACUGCCACGGCUGAUGAAGGCUCUGCGUGUGUCCGCCAUCGAUCUCAAUAACGUGGCCUAUUUCAGGCGUUUGGUUUUUGGCGCCAUGCAACAGCGGCGGGAUUUGGAAAUUGUGCGGCCAGACAUGAUACAGCAGCUAAUGGAGGCGCAACGCCUGUUCAGGGAGCAAGAGCAGCAGGGACAGACGACAGUGGAUGGCGCUCAGUUCAAUGAUGAGGAUUUGCUGGCGCAGUGUCUGCUCUUCUUUUCAGCCGGCUUUGAAACGGUCUCCACCUGCCUUAGCUUCACUAGCUAUGAGCUGGCGAUAAAUCCAGCGGUGCAGCAGACACUAUACGAGGAGAUUAUGGACGUGGAACAGCAGCUGGACGGUAAACCACUGGACUACGACAGCCUGAUGGGCAUGCAGUACUUGGAUUGCAUCAUCUCCGAGUCACUGCGCAAAUGGCCGCCAGCAAUUGUCAUUGAUCGGAUGUGCGGCGCCGACUUUGAGCUGCGCGACGAUGCUGGAGAGCUGCUGUUGAAGCUGAGCAAGGAUGAUCUAGUGCACAUACCAAUUGUGGCCCUGCACUACGAUCCGGAUAACUUUGAACAACCCGAAGAGUUCCGACCCGAGCGCUUCGAUGAGGAGCACAAGCAUCAGAUUCGACCCUUCACAUAUCUGCCCUUUGGCUUGGGUCAGCGCAUGUGCAUCGGCAAUCGCAUGGCCCUCAUGGAGGUCAAGGCGAUGAUCUACCAGCUGGUGCUGCACUUCAGAUUGCUGCCCACCGAGCGCACCCCCCUCGACAUGAUGGCCAGCAUUGAGGGCUUUCGCAUGGAGCCGCGAGAGCGCUUCUGGUGCCGCUUCGAGCCCAGGCACUGAAUUUUAAAUAAGAACUUUAUCAACUAAUGCUCAAUAAAAGCACAGAUACUUAUAACUUUAA